GAAAACUUAAAAAAAAAUUAAAAAAUCUGCCGCUCUCUUCUUACCUGUCGAACGAACCUAACAAAACCUCCCUCUAAGAAUCCUAUCGCCGAUAUGGGAACACCUGAAACUUCUCGUGAGCCGUGUCCAGAUCGUAUUAUCGAUGAUAUCGGCGGCGCUUUCGGCAUGGGAGCCGUCGGUGGCUCAGCUUUCCACUUCAUCAAAGGCGUCUACAACUCUCCAACAGGCACGCGGCUUAUCGGCGGAACUCAAGCAGUUCGCAUGAACGCUCCGCGUGUUGGCGGUAGCUUUGCCGUCUGGGGCGGCCUCUUCUCUGCCUUCGACUGCUCAAUGGUUUACCUCCGCCAGAAGGAAGAUCCAUGGAACUCGAUCAUCGCUGGCGCCGCCACCGGUGGCUUCCUCUCCAUGCGGCAAGGGCUUGGCGCGUCGGGUCGGUCGGCUCUUUUUGGUGGCGUGUUACUGGCUUUGAUUGAAGGAGCUGGAAUUAUGCUCAAUAAGGUAAUGAGUGCUCAACAGGAGAUGCCUAUUAUGAUUGAAGAUCCUGUUCCUUCUAUGGCUGGUGGGCAUGGUUCUCCUAUGGGCCAGCCCCACGCCCAUGCCCAAGAGGGUGCAUCUGCAAGUGGGACGAAUUCGGGUUCGUGGUUCGGUGGAUGGUUCGGUGGAGGGAAGAAGGAAUCAGAGGCUAAUAUAAGCGGAAGCAAGACUGAGAUUUUAGAGAGCUUUGAUGCACCACCAGUGCCAAAUUUUGAGUACAAGUGAAAAAAUCGAAAAAGAUGAGCUUGUUUAGGGUUUUAUUAACUUCUUAUUAGGAGGUAAUGAUUUUGGAGCUUGUGAAGGUACAAACUUGUUGAACUCGAUCCUUGUCCUCUUUGAAAUUUUAUUUCUCUGCUUGAAUUAUGAAACAGAGUGGCAGCAAUGUAUAAUAAUUCACUGCCAAUUUUUUUUUUUUUUGCUGAGGUUAAUGGAUUUUUGCUUGGGUGACUAAUUCUCAAUGUUAUUGGAUGGGAAAUGGUAUCUCAAUAUCAUGGAGACCAAGGCGUUAGGGAUUCAGCCACAGAAUAUAUACCUAGAGAUAUAAAUAUGCUGAAGAAUGAUGGGCGUAGCUUUAGCUAGCUAGCUGUGCUGGUUUAUUGACCACCGCAGUUGAUAAUUGGACAGCUCCUUUACAGAUUAGACACUACCUCUUACCUUGUUCAUCGACUCUGCCCCUUCUGUCUUUUACAUGUGUUUUAGUAUAUUCAUUUAAUUAUUUUUAAAUUGUUUUAGCUUGGUCAGGUGAGAUUCAAAUAUUUUAAUUUUUGAAUUUAAUUUGGAGUGGUAGAAUUUCAAAUCUACUAAA